CGCAGCGGCGGCCAUGUUGGAGCGACAGUGGACUCGGGCUGGGGUUUUCUGACACCGUAUUGUUGUUGUUGUGGUUUUUUAAUUCUCUAUAACGAUAAUAUCCGUCCCUCGUACGUCGCCCGGUGGUUCGUCAACAAGAAGCCCAGCUCCGUGACACGAUGACCUCCAGCGGGGACCUGUCCCGGAGGAACCCGCAGGAGGACUUCGAGCUGAUCCAGCGGAUCGGAAGCGGCACAUACGGAGAUGUGUACAAGGCUCGUAAUGUAAACACAGGAGAGCUGGCCGCUAUCAAAGUCAUCAAACUGGAACCGGGUGAGGACUUUGAUGUCGUCCAGCAGGAGAUCAUAAUGAUGAAGGACUGUAAACACUCCAACAUCGUCGCCUAUUUUGGCAGUUACCUCCGGAGAGAUAAGUUAUGGAUCAGCAUGGAGUACUGCGGAGGAGGCUCUCUGCAGGACAUCUACCACGUAACCGGGCCGCUGUCAGAGUCUCAGAUCGCCUACAUGUCACGGGAGACCCUGCAGGGUCUGUACUACCUGCACAACAAAGGCAAAAUGCACAGAGACAUCAAGGGAGCCAACAUCCUGCUGACGGACAACGGCUACGUUAAACUAGCUGACUUCGGCGUGUCGGCUCAGAUCACGGCGACUCUCGCCAAGAGGAAGUCAUUCAUUGGAACUCCGUACUGGAUGGCUCCUGAGGUGGCAGCAGUGGAGAGGAAAGGAGGUUACAACCAGCUGUGUGACAUCUGGGCCGUCGGCAUCACCGCAAUAGAGCUGGCAGAGCUACAGCCGCCCAUGUUCGACCUGCACCCCAUGAGGGCUCUCUUCCUCAUGACCAAGAGUAAUUUCCAGCCUCCGAAGUUGAAAGAUAAGGUCAUGUGGACGAAUAACUUCCACCACUUCAUUAAGCUGUCGCUCACCAAGAACCCGAAGAAGAGGCCAACGGCGGAGAAACUGCUGCAGCACCCCUUUGUGUCGCAGCCCCUCAGCCGGACGUUGGCCAUCGAGCUGCUGGACAAGUCCAACAACCCCGACAACAGCACCUUCAACGACUUCGACGAAGACGACCCUGAACCCGAGUCUCCCAUCUCCGUCCCUCAUCGGAUCCGGUCCACCAGCAGGAGCGCCAGAGAGGGGAAGACGCUGUCGGAGAUCAACUUUGGUCAGGUGAAGUUUGAUCCCCCGCUGAGGAAGGAGACGGAGCCUCACCAUGAACCGUGUGAAUCUGAGCCCUAUCUGGACUGUGUUGAGGAGCUCUACCAUACCGCGAGAUCUAAUCUGGACUUGCAUCUGGAGUACGGACACGAUUCUCCAAGUCUGAUGGGAGGAAGCAAGAGUCUCCUCAAAUCGGUGGAGGAGGAGCUUAAGCAGAGGGGCCACGUGGCACACUUAGGGGAUGAUGAUGAUGAUGAGGAUGAUGAUGGUGCAGAUGAUGAUGAAACUCACACUCAUAAAUCGAGCACCAUCAUGAGGCCGACGGUCCCGCCUCCUCUUCCUCCAAAGCCCCGGGCGAUCAGCUCGCCGCAGAAACACGACGACAGCGAGGGCGGCGGCGGGGGCGGGACCAUCAAGCGCUGCCCGGAGACGGCGAGCCCGGCCCGGGCCGCCUCCUCCAACGUGCCCCCGCUGCGGCCCCCGCCCCCCAAGCUGCCCCCCCACCGCCGCAGCAGCCUAGGUAACGAGAGCCCCAAGCGCACUGAGGUGGCGGCGGAGGCAGCGUCGGCGGCCGUGGAGAGCGCGGCGGCGGCCCCAGAGGAGGAUGAUGGGAGCUUUAGGCAUUUCUGGGAGUGGCUCCACACGCCUCACACUGAGGAGGAGCUGGAGGAGGCGUGGGAGGUGCUGAAGGAGGGGAAGGAGGAGCAGGAUAAAGAGGAGGAGGAAAAGGAAGAGAGAAAUGGGCUGAACGCCCCACAGGCUGUGGAGGGUCCCUCAGACAGGCAGUCCACGAUGCCCCCUGGUGUCCCCACGAGGAAGGACAAGAAGGAAAUGCCGAAGCCGAUCAGUAACGGCCUUCCUCCGACACCCAAAGUCCACAUGGGCGCCUGCUUCUCCAAGGUGUUCAACGGCUGUCCUCUGAAGAUCCACUGCGCCACCUCCUGGAUCAAUCCCGACACCAGAGACCAGUAUUUGAUAUUCGGAGCCGAGGAGGGGAUCUACACGUUGAACUUGAACGAGCUGCACGAGACCUCCAUGGAGCAGCUCUUCCCUCGUCGGUGCACCUGGCUCUACGUCAUGAACAGUUCUCUUCUCUCCAUAUCCGGAAAAGCCUCCCAGCUGUACUCCCACAGCCUGGGCGGUCUGUUCGAGCAGGCCAGGCAGCUCCAGAAGCUGCCGGUGGCCAUUCCCACGCACAAGCUGCCCGAAAAGAUGAUCCCCAGGAAGUAUGCGGUGUCCAAUAAAAUCCCGGACACGAAAGGAUGCCAAAAGUGCUGCGUCGUUCGUAACCCGUACACGGGCCACAAGUACCUGUGUGGAGCCUUCCAGUCCAGCGUCAUGCUGUUGGAGUGGGUGGAGUCCAUGCAGAGGUUCAUGCUCAUCAAGAACAUCGACUUCCCGCUGCCGUGUCCGCUGGAGGUCUUUGAGAUGCUGGUGGUCCCGGAGCAGACCUACCCUCUGAUCUGCGUGGCGGUCAGUAAAGGCACCGAACUCAACCAGGUGGUCCGGUUCGGCACCGUCAACCCAAACUCUACUUCCUCCUGGUUCACGGAAGCAAACACGCCUCAGACCUGCGUGAUCCACGUCACUCAGCUGGAGAGAGACACCAUCUUAGUCUGCCUGGACCGGAGCAUAAAGAUCGUGAACCUCCUGGGCCGCUUGAAAUCCAGCAGGAAGUUGUCCGCCGAGCUCACCUUCAACUUCCAGAUUGAGGCCACCGUUUGCCUCCAGGACAGCGUUCUGGCCUUCUGGAGGCACGGCAUGCAGGGGCGGAGCUUCAAGACCAACGAGGUCACGCAGGAGAUCUCCGACAUCACACGCAUCUUCAGACUACUGGGCUCAGACAGACGUGCCGACUGUAGAGAUCCAGACACCGACAGAGGCCGCGCUCUGCCCAGGGUGGUGGUGCUGGAGAGCCGGCCGACGGACAACCCCACAGCCCACAGCAACCUCUACAUCCUGGCCGGCCAUGAAAACAGCUACUGAGACACACACGUAAACACACACACACACCACUAAUUCAAACCGGUUGGGGAGACACACACACUCACACACACACACUCAUUCAUCCCAACCGUGGAGAUGAGCCGGCUACAGAUGUGGGGUUCCUGGUCGUUUUUCUUUUUUUUCUUUUUCUUUUAGUCUUACACGUGUGUUAGUUUCGCGCGUCGUAGUUGGAGGCGGAGCUUAGAAACCUGCUGGGGGGGGGGGCGCCGCCAAGAGUCCUUCCUGAGUCCGUCCCACUGUUAUCCUGCACAGAGGUGAUGACACUACUUCUACUACUAGUCCUCCACGUACUACUACUACUACUGCUACAUGCUACUGCUACAUGCUACAAUGCUACGUGCGCUAAAGCUUCACUCGAGAGCCAUCCUGCACAGAAGUCCCUCAGCGUCUCCGUCUUCCUCCAACCCCCUUUUUUUAUUUUAUUUUUUACCCUUUAUUUAUUGUGGCAUGAUGUAACUUUAACCACCAGGAUGACUUUCCUGUUUUUUUUAAUUGUUGAUUUUUGAAAAUAUUUUUUUCUUUUAAAGGAUACAAAUAAAAAGUAAGAAGCUUUUAUUGUUUCCCGCCAACUCCGCUCGCGUCGACACACAAAGUGCUUAAUUGACCUCUAUUUAAUUGUUGUAAAUAUAAAUGUAGUAUUUUUUUGACGAGAGAUGAACACUAAUAAAGACGUGUGGGGUCACGUAGGUCGGCGCGCGUCAAACGGACUGACAGGGAGGGGGGGCCGGGGAGGGGGAGGGGGGUGGAAUUCACUUCCUGGUUCCCCCCCGAUCAUGAGACGAGGGUCAGGAGGCAAAGAGCCCGGUGUCUGAUGACGUCAUAAUCCGGAGCCUCGAUCGGUUUUAACACAUUCUUUUGGUUUUGAUGCUCGUUUUGUGCCAUGGCAACAGUUACACCGUUUUGUUUUGUUUGUUUGUUUGUUUGUUUUGGAUCCCUCAUUUUCUUUUUCUUUAAUUUCUAAAUUUUGCUAUUUUUAAUUUUUAUUUUUAACCACUGGUGUUAAACUUUUGCACAGAGAAACAAAUGUGAUGUCAUUGUAAUAUAUGACCGUGUGUGUGUGUGUGUGUGUGUGGACGUAGAACAUGCACAUACAAGUGCGUCAUAUACAGAUCUGGUCUUUAACGAGUGAAUAUUAAUACACACUUUACACGGAUUUACACGGAUUUAUUUUUAUUCAGCAGAAAUGUUUCAUGAAAGUACGGAAGCCGGAUUCAUUUUCUAAAAUAAUACUAAUUAAUUCAUUGUUUUUGUUGUGAUACUAGCACCUCCUCGUGUUAUAAAUAUGAAUAAAAGCACAACUUUUUUUUCUUCAAAUUAUCCUGGGAUGAAAAAAGCUACAAAAUACAUAAUUUUUAGAAUAAUAAAUAAAAUAAAAAAUGUCACCUGUUUCACAGACGUUUAAAAAAAAUUACAAAUGAGAAAUAUUACUUCAACGAUAUUUCUUUCCACCUGUUCUGAAGUCAUAAACUCAAGAGAAGGAAUCUACUUGGAUUUUUCUGACUGGCCUCUCAAGGCUUCCGUACUUAAUAAUAAUAAUAUUAAUAAUAAUAAUAAUAUAAUAGCAUUGAACUGAACUUCUGUGUGACGUAUAAAAGUAAAAUGAGCUGUUCUGUUACCAAGCUAACACACCGAGCACACUGAGGGAAGAUUAAACACGCUUAAAAGUUAAAUAAAAAGCUGAAGUUGACUAAAGAUUUUAAAACUUUUACCAUCUAAUAACACACAAGUACUUCAGGUGUCCUUUUGGAGAAAAGGACAUCUCGGCUCCGUUCACGCUUUCGUUGCUCGUCGCUCAAAACGAGCACGAAUCCACUGUGAGGAUGUAAAUUAUUAUUAUUAUUUGUCUUCUUAUUUCUUUCUCGCCUGUGAAGUUGUACAGAAACCUUUAAAACGUGAACUUGUUCCAGCGCGUGAGCAGCCACGCGUUGAACCGCUUCAUCGUUUAACAAACAACAACUUUGUGUCAAAAGCAUCCUGGGUGACUUUGUCCGGCCGUGAAGCCAAAGUAAUCACAUUUCACAUUUAGUCCAUUUGCGUUGAUUGAUUAAUAUUUUUAUUGGAAAUAAAUGUUUAAAUGGGAUUAAUGUCAAAGAACAAACACUUUUUGUUUUUUUAUGUAAACCAAAAUAUGUUUUUAACAUUGUUACAGAUACUUUUAGAAACACUACUGAGCUCCUAUCCCAGAUAUUAAUAAACUAUUCGUCUGAUUUGCAUGUAAAUAAUCACAAGUGGAGAAAAAAAGGUAUUCUUAAUUUUUCUAAUUUUUUUCAUAACUUUUCAUUUUUGAGGGACUUUUUUUCUUUCUUUCUUUUUUACCGAAUACGUUUCUGUGGGAUUGAAUGACUCUUCCAUUAAUUUUCCCGCCGCCAUAAAACCCCACGUUUAGUCCUCAGCCUGAAGGCAACACGGCAAUGUUUUUAAAGAAGUCACAGGAACAGCUGGUAACGAGGUCAUGGAAAAAAGAUCAAUUAGUCGUUAAAGUCGCCCGUUAAUAACCGAUUUGAGUCUGCUCCCGAUACACAAACAACAACAACAACGGUCUCCUCUGUUCCAUCGCGUCACCUUUUGUCUUUUUUGUUUUUCAUGAUGCAACGCACACGUUAUGUACAUAGUGUAAAAUAAAAAUGGGUUUGUUUUACAUACUGUAUAAUUGCCUAUAUUUUGUUUCAGAAGUGUAACAGAUUUAUGAGAUGACAGGUUAACACAUUAAAAGAAAAGAAGGAACUCAAA